AUGUCUAAGCUCUUCAUUGGUGGCCUCGCAUGGCAUACGGAUGAGAAGGCUCUUCGCGAUAAGUUCGAGGAGUUCGGCCAGGUUGAGGAGGCUGUCGUUGUUAAGGAUCGCGAUACUGGUCGCAGCCGUGGUUUCGGAUUCGUUCGCUAUACCAGUGAGCAAGAGGCCGAGGCUGCAAUCAAUUCCAUGAACAACAUCGAGUUCGACGGUCGUACCAUCAGAGUCGACAAGGCAAGCGAGCGUGGUGCUGGAGGUGGAGGCGGCGGUGGUGGAUUCGGUGGUGGACGCGGUGGUGGCGGAUAUGGAGGUGGCCGUGGGGGAGGAUACGGUGGUGGAGACCGUGGAGGAUAUGGUGGCCAACAAGGCGGCGGUGGUGGAUACGGAGGCGGAAAUGGCGGUUAUGGAGGCGGCGGUGAGGCAGGAUACUCCGGUGGUGGAGGUGGAUAUGGUGGCGGCGAUCAACAACAAGGUGGCGGCGGUGGUGGCCGUUGGUAA